UCGGACUGAAACUAAUAACUUCUCGAUUUUUUGAAAAUUUUUUAUUUUCUUAGCGGAAAGUUAAAAAAAAGAUUUAGUGUAUAUGUCCUCGAAAACUUGGUAUUUCCUUACACAGAGAAGAAUGUUAAGUGAAUAUGCUUAUGCAGCACGGUAAUAUUUACAUUACUCUAUAGUUUGUGUCCUGAUGCUCUUAUACACAAACUAUUGAGUAAUGUAAUCACGAAGCCUAGAUAGAAGGAGAACGAUCGGCAUAGGCUUUCUCGCCGUAUUUGUGUCCGUAAUAAUGAGGAAACAUCGGGUACAAUAUUUGUCCGCAAGGCAGCGGUAGUGUUAAAAAGUUCUGAUUUUUAGAACAUGUUUUAUUGUAAACAUUAGAUAGUGUUAUUGAAUGUUGUUGUUGUCAUGGUUAACAAAUAAGCGUUUUAUAAAAUUGAAAAUGGUUAAAAAUGGUGCUGUGAUGAAUUGUAAAAACAGUAAAAAUAAUAAAAAAUGUAAAAAAGAUUUACAACAGGAUAAAAACUCCUUAUUUAAGCUGCCAAAAGACCCUGAUAUUGUUAGACAAUGGAGUCAAAUUUUGGGACAAGAUUUAGUGUCAGAUUCGAAAGUUGACAUUUUUAUUUGUGAUUUGCAUUUUGAAGAAGAAUAUAUUCUUCGCAAAGAUAUUAUUAUUAUUCUUAAUCAAGAACCGUUUGUGUCUGAACGAAAGAAAAUAAUACUCAAACCUGAUGCCAUCCCAACAUUACAUAAAAAUAUCAGCUCAACAAUACCUGUUACAAAUAUUUCUGUAAAUGCCAAUACAAACGUAAGAAGUCAAUUGAAAAUUAUAUCUACGUAAAUCAAAAUUUCAGCUGUCGAGUAUUAAUUACUGUUUUUAAUAUCAUCGAUUUUAUUAAUUUCACAAGAAAAUGAUAUAUUACAUUCAAGUCAAAUAUUGCACGAUUAUGAAUGCAUAGAAGUCAACGAGGUUUUUGAUGACAAUUCAGUUGAACCUAAUAAUAUUGAACAAGUAUGACUAGAAUUAUUUAUAAUGUA